AUGGAUCAAUCACCAUGCACGACUUCGAGAGGAUCUAGCAUUGGGGACGCUUCAGAGCUUGAGGCCAAUCUCACACUCAGUGAUAGGCUCAAGGUUUUCAAAAGCUCCUCCUUUGAUCCCAAUAGCCAUGUCGCCUCCAAAUCCCACACCAUGAACGAAAAGGAGAAAAGACACUUGUGCUCUUAUCUUAUUGACCUGAAGAAGGCUUCAGCGGAAGAAAUGCGUAAAAGUGUUCUUGCUAACAACUUAGCCUUCAUACGUACGUCCAAAGGGAUAUCUGAUCUUGAGGGAGAGUUGGUUUCCAUGAGAAAUCUUCUAUCCACCCAGGCUGCUUUGGUUCAUGGUUUAGCAGAUGGGUGCGAACUUAGUCCCAUGAUUAGUGGAAAUGAAGAUUUAGACAUGGAUGAUAUACUAGAUGAAAAAACCGAACUAUCCAACACAGAAAAAUGGCUAAUAGGAUAUUUAGAAACCCUUGAGGUUCUAUUAGCGGAGAAAAGGGUGGAUGAAGCAAUGACUGCUUUGGAAGAAGGAGAAAAAAUGGUACAAGAAAUUACUGAAGUGGGAACUUUAAGUCCAAAUUUAUUUGAGGCAUUGCAAGAUGCUAUUGCUGAAUACAGAAAAAAACUAGCAGAUCAACUAGCAGAGACUAUCUGCCAGCCAUCAACUAGCAGUGCAGAGACUCGAUCAACAGCGUUGUCAUUGAAAAAACUUGGGGAUGGUUCUCGUGCUCACACAUUACUACUAAGUUCUCGCCAAGGAACAUUACAACGUUCCAUGAAAAUCCUUCAAUCCAGCAAUUAUGGUGGGGUUGGGCCAUUUACUGCUGCCCUUUCACAGCUUGUUUGUUCCACCAUUUCACAAGUAGCAUCAGAUUCUCUGUCAGUGUUUUCUGAAGAACCUGGCUCUGCUCGGACAGUAUUCCAUCAAGCACGUAUCUUCUACUGA